CACACACACUCAUCAUGGCGGCGACCGUAGGUAGUGGAAAUGCCCCUGUGUCGGACACUCAAGCCUCAACCUCGGCUGAUCGGAGCUAUGAAGGUUCAACAUUUCAGUACAGCAUGGUCCUGGAGCACCUCAUCGGGGAGAAGAGGCCAAUUAAGGAUCUGAAUCCGACCGUUAUGGGGGGUCUUCCCAAUCCCAUGAAAACCGACGACCAGAAGAUGAUCGAACAGGGAAUGGAGAGCUGUGCUUUCAAGGCGGUGUUGGCCUGUGUUGGAGGGUUUGUUCUCGGGGGAGCGUUUGGUGUGUUCACGGCUGGUAUAGACACCAACGUGGGAUUUGACCCCAAAGACCCCAUGAGAACACCCACGGCCAGAGAGGUUCUCAAAGACAUGGGCCAGAGGGGAAUGUCCUACGCCAAAAACUUUGCUGUCAUUGGGGCAAUGUUCUCCUGCACAGAGUGCAUCAUUGAAUCGCACAGGGGGAAGUCAGACUGGAAGAACGCUGUCUACAGUGGUUGUGUUACUGGGGGAGCAAUAGGAUUUCGAGCUGGGGCGAAGGCUGGCGUGCUGGGAUGUGGAGGUUUCGCUGCCUUCUCUGCUGCCAUUGAGUACUAUCUUCGGUGAAAACCAGGUCACCUUCUAUACCUUUGAACUAUUGUUGAGGGAUCACUGUCCCUCUGGACCAGAAAGACUUUAUACCUCAUGGAGAGAGAAAAACAUCCCUGCUCUGCAGGUGGAGCAUCUUAUCAUGAGGAUUAUCUACACUUGGACAAUAUCCUGUGCACUGUAUUUACAGUGAUGUCAUACAGGGUUGGCCAGUCCAGGCUUGUGGCCCACUUGUUAUGCUGGCUUUGCCUAUCUAAAAAGUUAAGUCAUUGAGAUGAACCUCUAAUCAGUUGUAGUCGAGAGCUGGCUAGUUUAGUUUUUGUGCGUAAAAUAAAGCCUGGUGAAAUCAAGUCAAUGGCCGCAUUUGCAUGGUAAGGACAAAAGUCGAAGGUGUAUGGGGGACAGCCGGACACUGGUUUGCGACAGCAGCGCUCAGAUCAACAUGGCAGUGUUGCCAUUGUGUAUAAAAGGUUUACAUUGUAAUGUAGAAAUAAACAUGUCUCCAACAUCCAUAACAAA